AAUCCUACAUCCAUCACCUACAAACCCAGUCAUCGUGACGUCAGCCACAACCAUCUGUAUAUCAACAACCACCACCACCACAUCACCAAAUAAUCCAUACCCCUCAUCCCACUCAUACCCAAUCCCCAACCCCAAAUCCCAAACCAUCAAGCAACAACAAUGUCCACCGACACCGAAACAGAACACAACCUCCCCGGCACCUGCAAAACGACCAAAAGCACCAUCCUCGAGACCGGCGCCAAAGCCAUCCAAGACUUCAAACCCGUGAACAACAUCUGCGCACACCUGAAUGCCUUUCACGUUUACGCCUCGGAUAAAUCUCGUUGUGUGGAGGCUAACCACUACUGUUCACAUAUCACGGAGGACAUAAGACAAUGCCUAAUCUACGCCCACCCCACCCCCAACUCCCCCCUAAUCGGAAUCGAAUACAUGAUAACACCCAAACUCUUCUCCACACUUCCCGAAUCCGAGAAAGCGCUCUGGCACACGCACAUCUACGAAGUAAGUAGUGGGAUGCUCAUAAUGCCCAAACCCACCUCAUCCCUAGUCCCCGACGCAGCCUGGAACGCAGCCGAAACGUCCGAAAUGCGGGAUAUACUGCCUUUGUAUGGGAAAACGUAUCAUUUCUGGCAGGUGGAUCGGGGGGAUAAAGUGCCGUUGGGGGGGCCGGAGUUGAUGGCGAGUUUUUUGGAUGAGGAGGGGGUGAGGAGGGUUGUGAAGGGGGAGGGAGGGGGAUUGGGGGAGUUGGUGGGAGAGAGGGAUGGGAGGUUUGGGGUGGAUUUUAGAGAGAAGAGGGAGUUGAGGAGGGGGAUGGUGGAGGAGGGUUUGGGGGGGAUUGAGAAGGAGGGGGGGAUGGUUCCUGGUGAGUAUCUAUCUACUUGGAUUCUUUCUCUUUGGUUUGGUGAUGUGUUCAUGUCUCCCGUCGUUACCACCCAGCCUUCCAUUCCCAUAACAAAAUGGGGUCCAAGCCAGGCUAUCGUUCAGGGAAUCCCAUCACUGAUGUGA